AUGGUGUCUCAACAGAUUUCGUCUCCGUUCCUGGAGGCCAUGUCUUCCAUGACACCAGAGAAAGGAUCGCGAAAUCGCUUCUCAGCAUACAUAUCCCCGGAAUGGACUACGCAGCACUCUGUGCUGGGCGGUUUUCAGGCUGCUUUGAUGAUGUCCGCGGCAGGGAAACACAUCGACCUGGAACUCGGUGUCGGGCGAUAUCCUGACCCGGUUCAUAUAUUCGUGCAAUUCCUCAGCAUGGUUCCGCCUGGGCCCUUGUCUAUCAUAUGUAACUGUCUGCGGACUUCUUCCAAACAAUACAUUGUGAAGGUGGAAUUGUCAAGGGCCCAAUCCACGUCUACCGCCCCUGCCCCGGAGGCAUCAGACGCAUUUACUACCAUAGCUAUCGUUACAUAUACCGACCUUUCCAGAGAAAAAGGUCUUUCGCAGGAUACAACACCUGCCAUAGCAGCUCCGUUCCCUAACCGGGAGACGGACUGCGCUGCGAUUGACGACCCCGUUGUUGAGGCGACCCCAGUUACAAGAAAGAUGAACUGGAUUGCCCCACGGACAACUAAUGGCUUCUGGGGCCAUCGAUUAGGAGGACACCAUCGAGAGGUAUGGGUGUCAUUCCGAGAUGGUUCCAAAUUCUCCGACAUUCUCCAUCUGGCAUUCCUGGCAGACAUGCCCCUUCAACCCGCAGCAACCCACCAAGCGGGUUUCUAUACCAAAUACGCCUUAUCCACCCUCUGCAUGUCGGUGGAGAUUAAAAAGCGCCCCGACCCCAACAUGCAGUGGGUGAUGAUUCGGUCGCACUCGAACAAGGUAUCCAAGGGCCGGUAUGACGUGAGCGUUCAUAUCUUUGAUGAAUCGGAUGAUAUUCUCGCCUUGAGUAAUCAUGUAGUAUUUACUCCUCAGCUUCGGCCGAGGGCUUCUAAAAUGUGA